AUGAGGGCUGCAAGAUACUACGGCGUCAAAGAUUGCGGUAUUUGUGGGACCGAUCUAACGAAUUAUCACAACUAUCCAAUGGGCACACCGGCUCCAGGGACACAUGAUCAUGUAACUGGGGAUACUCUUCCUGUGACCUUGGGUCAUGAGUUCUGCGGUCGUAUAGUUGAGGUACCUGAAAACUGCCCCUUGGGAGUUGGACAAACUGUCAUGGUUGAUCCUCGCCUCUAUUGCUCAGAAUGUUCCAUGUGUAAACAAGGAGAUACGAAUCUUUGCUCCAAGUUGGGAUUCGUCGGCUUAAGCGGAGGCGGUGGGGGUGGUUUCUCAGAAUUCGUCGCUGUCGACCCCAAGCGAUGCUACCCCAUUGCCGACUCGAGCCUCGACACAGUAUGUCUGAUCGAGCCUCUAGCAGUUGCAAGACACGCCCUGAAGGUGACUGGAUUUUCUGAUUUUCGAGAUAAGUCUUCACUUAUACUUGGCGCUGGACCAAUAGGACUCGCAGUCAUUCACAAUCUUAAAGCAGUCGGAACGGGUGCGAUCUUUGUAUCGGAACCCUCUUCGUUGAGACGAGAGUAUGCAAAAGAUCUUGUCGACGCUGGAAUCAACCCUCAAGAGGUGAAUCUUGUGGAUACUAUUGAGCAGCUCACUAAUGGUAAUGGGGUUGAUAUUGUGUUUGACUGUGCAGGUUUCAUCCCUGCUAUGGCACCGGCAAUGUCAUCUUUGCGCAAGAAAGGGAAAUACGUCCUUGUGGCAGCUCCAGGAAAGCCGAUUAUGUUACCACUAUUGGAGUGGUAUGCUCGAGAAAUAGCAGUCGUCGCCUCGGUUGCUUAUAACGAUGUUGAUUUUCGUGAGGUUGUCGAUGAUUUCAAUCAAGGAAAGUUUAAGGGUGUUGAGAGGAUGGUCAGCAGUCGUAUCCAAUUGGAUCAGUUCGUUAGUCAAGGGCUGGAAGUGCUGGUCACAGCGAAAGACGGGUUGCUGAAAGUUCUUGUAGAACCCAAAUAA